GCGGUCUCUCUUUGUGGGCCCUGGCUCUUCUUGGUGCUUGUCUGGUCUUCUGAGAUCUAAAUCCAGCAGUAAAUCCAAGGGUAGGACUGUCGGGCAAAGCUCUGACCACUCGUUUAACAUCGUGUGCCUCGGCUGCAGGUGUGCAAACCCCACUCACUCAUCGACAGACAGACAGACAGACAGUGAGACAGGUCUCUGCUCACCCAGGGCGUCGACUGGCCAACCAGCGAGAGCAUCCAUUCAUCCUUUCAUUGGCAGCUGAAGGGUUUCCCAGUCGUAGCUACCUAGCGUUAGCCAAGAGGGCAGCUGUGUCUGAGGCAUACUUGGAAAAAAAAAAUGUCGGGUUACCAAGGAAAGAAGAACAUCCCACGAAUUACAAGUGACCGUCUCCUCAUCAAAGGAGCAAAGAUAGUGAACGAUGAUCAGUCAUUCUUGGCUGAUAUCUACAUGGAGGAUGGAGUCAUCAAGCAAAUAGGAGACAACCUUAUUGUUCCCGGGGGAGUUAAGAUCAUAGAGGCUCAUGGGAGAAUGGUGAUGCCUGGGGGUAUUGACGUGCACACCCGAUUCCAGAUGCCUGACCGAGGCAUGGUGGCAGCAGAUGACUUCUACCAGGGCACCAGGGCGGCCCUGGCUGGGGGGACGACUAUGAUCAUUGACCACGUGGUGCCGGAGCCUGGCGCCAGCCUGGUGGCGGCUUUCAAACAGUGGAGGGAGUGGGCUGAUAGCAAGUCCUGCUGUGACUAUUCUCUGCAUGUGGACAUCACCGACUGGAACAAAGGCACUCAGGAAGAGAUGGAGACCCUAGUGAAGGAUCAUGGUGUCAACUCUUUCCUGGUCUAUUUGGCUUAUAAGGAUGUUUUCCAACUUUCUGACUAUCAGAUCUAUGAGGUGUUCAGUGUCAUCAGGGACCUUGGAGCCAUUGCCCAGGUGCAUGCUGAGAAUGGAGACAUCAUUGCAGAGGAGCAGAGACGUAUUCUAGAGCUGGGGAUCACUGGCCCUGAAGGUCAUGUGCUCAGCCGCCCAGAGGAGGUGGAGGCCGAGGCAGUCAAUCGCUCUGUCACCAUAGCCAAUCAGACCAACUGUCCACUCUACAUCACCAAGGUGAUGAGCAAGAGUGCUGCUGAUGUCAUUGCCCUCGCCAGGAAAAAAGGUGCUGUGGUUUACGGAGAGCCCAUAUCUGCCAGCCUGGGCACAGACGGUACCCAUUACUGGAGCAAGAACUGGGCCAAGGCUGCAGCCUAUGUCACUUCUCCACCGCUCAGUCCCGAUCCCACCACCCCCGACUACCUCAACUCUCUGUUGUCAUGUGGGGACUUGCAGGUGACUGGUAGUGCUCACUGCACUUUCCAGACUUCUCAGCGUGCGAUAGGCAAAGAUAACUUUACCUUAAUCCCAGAGGGCACCAAUGGCACUGAGGAGAGGAUGUCUCUAAUCUGGGACAAAUGUGUGGUGACUGGCAAGAUGGAUGAGAACCAGUUUGUGGCAGUGACCAGCACCAACGCAGCCAAGACCUUCAACCUGUUCCCCCGAAAGGGCCGCAUCGCUGUGGGGUCUGAUGCUGACCUCGUGCUGUGGGACCCGGAUGUCACUAAGAUCAUCUCAGCCAAGAACCACAACCUGGCUGUGGAGUACAACAUCUUUGAGGGCACAGAAGUGCGUGGAGGUCCUGUGGUGGUGAUCAGCCAGGGCAAGAUUGUGCUGGAGGAGGGCAGCCUUCACACCAUGGAGGGCUGCGGGCGCUACAUCAGCCGCAAACCCUUCUCCGACCACGUGUACAAGAGGAUAAAGGCUCGCAGCAGGCUCACAGAGUUGCGAGGAGUCCCCAGGGGCCAGUACGACGGGCCGGUGUGUGAGGUGACUGUGACUCCCAAGGUGAUGUCCACAGUCUCCUCGGUGAAGACUUCCCCCGCCAAGCAGCAGCAGCAGCAGCAGCAGCAGCAGUUUGCCCACCAGCAGCCAGUGCGCAACCUUCACCAGUCUGGCUUCAGUCUGUCUGGUGCCCAAAUUGACGACAACGUCCCCCGCCGCACCACUCAACGCAUCGUGGCUCCCCCUGGCGGGAAAGCCAACAUCACCAGCCUCGGCUAAGCUCUUUACUCAACCGAGCCGGGGUUGCGGGGCACCACGGGACCAGACGUCACUCUCACCGCCGUCACAUCUGGUCACCUCUGACUCCCCCUGCACCCCACCCAAACGCACUCCAUCGAUUCUUAUUCACACACCACCACUCUGUCACCUCAUGCAACAAAAAAAGAAAAGAAGGCACUAUUCCAUUUCAUCUUUCCUGCCAUAUUCCAUUGUCAAAGGAAGGAUCAAGUGAAUUGAAGCAGCUUUUUUUUGCUGUUUUUAACCCCAGUUUGAUGACUAAUGAAAUUAAUUUGUUUACAUUUUUUGUAUAAUUUUGUGCUGUACAUGUUGUUGUUUAGUUGGCUCAGAAAGUUGACAGAAAACCCGUCCCGAUAAGCAGCCAGUUUCGUGAGCGGGCAUUUUAGAAACAGUUGUUUACAGUUUUUUCUUCACGUGCUGUUUAUUUCCCAGAUAUAAGUUAGAAUGUGCUGGUGGUCGUCACACAGCGCCACCUUCUGUUGACAGUAAAGCCUCCGUUGUUUGUGCUGUAACACUGUUACACUGUAAGAUUGCUGUUUUUAGUACAAAAAUGUUGUUACAUUGCUGCCACAAAAAACUAACCAUGAAAAGAAGAAUACAGAAUACAGUUCCUGCAUCUUAUAACACUGUUUGCAGUAUUGUAAGUGUAGAACCUGUGUACGGCUGAACAAUUCAUCUUGGUCUUCCUUUUGUGUUAAAGUUGCACUUUUUUAAACAUUUCAUCACGUUAAGUCAUUUUGGAAAGCGCUGACUGCACUGAGAAGGAAAAGAAAGGGUAUGUUACGGUUAAAACCUCCCAUUCAGCUUCACCCUGAAUGUUGGAGGGGGAGGGGAGAAACGGAUGGCACAUUACAUUUUUGUCCGAGAACCUAUUCCUUCAUUUCAUAAUUACGUUUCUCUUCCUCACGUUUGUUAAGAGGUUGUCAGGGCAACAAGCUUCCAAUAAUCAAUCCGGUGUACGUUGUUCAGACACCACGAAAAAGCUAGACGGGAGAUUUGCCGACAACCUCUCCACCUGGUGCUAUAUGACCUUUGCUGUAUAUGUGCAGAUGAUGUCCACACUGCAAUCGUGUAAGCUCUGUAAGAACAGCAGCCACAGUCACCAUUUACCCACUUUAUUUUAUUAUUUUUGAAACAAUUUUGUUUUGCACCUGUAACAAUCCAAAUGUAUGUGAGCUUGCAACUUUUUAUUUGUAUUGGAUAUGUCUGUACAAUUUAGGAUAUUUGUUGAUACUUGCCUGCCUGUUCUGUAAGAUAUUGAUAGCACACUGUAUCUAUGAAGGCUCUUUAAAGAAGUGGAGCGAUGAUCUUUGAGACCUGAUGAAAAAUGCUUCAGUUUGUAUAUGAAAUCCCUCACAGUGUGCUGAUGAUGUGUCCACUGUUCUCGGUGUUAGUGUUGUGAAUGAAUUACAGUUUUUCUUCCUCUUACACUCCCCCCACCUGCCCCGACAUUGUCAGUCCACUCGAGGUAGUAACUGUAUUAACCGAACCGCAAUGGGUUGUCAGUUUCACGGCACUGUACGGCCAUACUGUAAAACACUGGGUUAUCUCCUCCUCAUUGCCUUGUCAAGUGUAGAUUUUGUAUGCCAAGCUAUAAUGUGAAGUGAUUUGCAUUCGGGGAAGUUUCUUGGUAAUGGUUAUUGAGUUGUGAUGUUGAGCACUGUUGUUGCCCCUCUCCCAGCAAGUGUGAUACUCUCUCGGUCAUGUAUGUUUUGUAGGACACCAGGGUUUUUGGGGGGGGAAUCAUCAGUCCUGUCAGCAUUUGACCCUAUCUGUGUUGA